CUUCCUCCGGUAUUCUGCAGAUAACUUGAAAAAAAAAGAAAAACACACACACAAAAUGACAGACAUCAAAGACACCCGCAAACCAGACCACACCUUCACCUCAGCGGAUCGAAUCCGACAAUUGAACGAAAUAGACAAGGAUGUGGCCAAGCUAAUUCACUCCGCGGGACUUGCAAUCCAAGCCCUCACCAAUGCCCGGUCGGGCGAGUCACCCGUCGACAAUUCUCUUGAAUCCCACCAAGCCCGCUUCAAGGAGGCCACGUCGCAGUAUUUCGCGCUUCUUUCGUCGAUUGAUGUUCGGCUUCGUCGUCAGGUGUAUGCUCUAGAGGAAGCGUCGAUUCUAGCUCCGGAGACGGCUUCCAGAGCGGGGGAUCUACCUGGUACGGGCGGGGCAACAGCGGGCGCAUCGAACCCACUCGAUGUUAGUUGGCUUAAUAGUAGGAAGGAUACCGUGGGCAAGGAUAAGGAGGCGGAGCUAUGGGCUGCUGCGAGGGAAUUUGUCGAGCGGAUUGGCAAUUCGGCGUCGACGGGCUCGGCCCCGAAGGCAGAGAAUGGUCAGGAAAAGAUGGAGGUUGACUAGUUACUUUGGCGUUGAGACGAUUUAUGAUGGAGACGGAACAGUUUGACAUGACAUGGUUUUACAACUGGUGAACGUGCUUGAUGACUGGAUACGUCGCCGGGAUUUGGGUACAAUUGCUUUCUUAAUUGGGGGGUUGUGCCCGGUCUCGCUGUAUGUGUGGCCAGCAAGUGGAGCAGAGCGAAGCCUGUCUAUGAUACCCAAUUCUCUUCGAUAUCUUUGAAUUCGAAUUUACACGACUAUAU